AUGCCUAUCAGCAAAAAGGACAGACGUAACCGGGAGCAGAAGAAGGCCGAUGCUGCUGGCACUCGUGCCCCCGUGAAGCGAAAUGGACUCCCUGUCAAGGCACCCAAGCCCACCUCGAUCUGCCAAAACUGUCGUAAGGAGAUUGUGAACACCAAUAAGAUUCAGUUGGAGGUUCAUGCCAGUACUCACGAUGAGAAGCUCUGGCCCAAGGAGAAGUGCUGGCCAAAUGAUUUCCCCGAAGAAGCCGAAGCCUGA